UUCCUCACUGGCACCACAGGUUUACCCUCUUGCUAGCUGUUUCUGGAAAGUUAUAAACUUACCUGAAAAGACCUGAAAAUGAGGCUUAAAAAUCAGAGGAUUCUGAAAAUGAUCUCUAUCCUGUCAGUGUCCCUCUUAUUGCUGAAUUGUCUAGGACGAAGGACAAACUGUCCUCGUAAGGAAAAGCUGGUCUUUAAUAGCUUACUAAAGCAAGAUGUUGGAGAGAUCCAAGCUUGUUCUGCUAUUUUCCAAGGAGACAUGGAUGGAGUGGACAAGGAGGCUUUCAGGAAACUCCUGGCCUCUAAAAAAAGAAAAACCCAGCUAUCAGAGUCAUUCUAUCUCGAUGCAACCAAGGAUUGUCCAUCCUACAUCAGAGACAGAGGAUUUCUGACUGUUUCUCUCAGUAAAGAGGAGACAGAUUUCCCCAUUGCUUACUCCAUGGUGAUCCAUGAGAAGAUUGAGAUGUUUGAAAGGCUCCUGAGAGCCAUUUACACUCCUCACAAUGUGUACUGCGUUCACGUGGACCAGAAGUCUCCUGAGAUCUUUAAACAAGCAGUAAGAGCCAUUGCAUCCUGCCUGACCAAUGUAUUUGUGGCCAGCAAACUGGAGAGUGUGAUUUAUGCCUCCUGGUCUCGAGUUCAAGCGGACAUCAACUGCAUGCAAGAUCUGCUCAAGUCACCUGUCCAGUGGAAGUAUCUGCUCAACACCUGUGGUACUGAUUUCCCCAUUAAAACCAAUACAGAAAUGGUCCAGUCUCUAAAACACCUGAAUGGAAAGAACAGUUUGGAGUCCGAGGAUGUAAAGGGGAAAAAGUUGCGCUGGCAGUAUCAUCACAAUGUUACGAACAUUGUGACUCGGACAGAUGUCAAAAAGUCGCCUCCACCAAUAAAGACCCCCAUGUUCUCAGGAAACGCUUACUUAGUGGUUUCAAGAGAGUUUGUGGAGUACAUCUUCAAAAGCAAAGAGAUUAAAAACUUCAUGGAAUGGGAGAAAGACACAUACAGUCCAGAUGAGCACAUGUGGGCUACGUUACAGCGGAUGCCUUCAGUACCAGGAUCCAAUCCUCCAAACAUCAAGUACCAACAAUCGGACAUGAACGCGAUUGCUCGUCUGGUGAAGUGGAGCUACCUUGAAGGAGAUCUAGACAGUGGAGCUCCCUACCCACCAUGCACUGGGAUACAUAGACGGGCAGUUUGUGUCUAUGGAGCUGGAGACUUGAAAUGGAUUGUGCAGCAACACCAUCUUUUGGCAAACAAAUUUGAUCCAGGAGUAGAUGAUGUAGCAAUCAAAUGUAUAGAGGCAUUUUUAAGGUACAAAGCUAUUUAUGGUCAAUCAUUACUAACAGUUCAAAAAUCAGACAUUAUUUUAUGAUGUUUUUAAUAAUGGGUUUGAAAUAUUAUGGAGCCCCCCACAUGGCAUGCAGGAAAAAAAGUAGGCUAAAUCAUGCGCACAAUUUACUAUUCGUUCCCUCUAUUUUUUAAUUGUCCACACAAUAAACUAAUUCAUUCCCUCUAUUUUCUAAAUUGUGUACAAUUUAGCAAAUUGAGGGAAUUAAAUAGUUAUCGUGUUCACAUUUUAGUACAUUGAGGGAAAGAAUUAGUAAAUCGUGUGCAGACAAUAUCUAUUUGUACAU